CGUGGUGCCAGCCGAGUACACCGGCAUGCUUAUCCCGGUCUCCCGCUGCAUCCAUGCCCUGGCUGAGAGAGGGGACCCGAUGGUGCGGGACAUGGAAGAACUGGAUCCCCAUUUCCUCAGCUCCAUGUUUCAAGGCCCACUGCUGACUCCCCAGACACUGCUGGCACGUCUGCUGGUGGUGGCAGGGAGCCCUUUUGCAGGCAGCGAACUCCAAGCCGCUGCCUUGCUGCUCAUGCAAAACCUCCACAGCAGGAUCCACAGAGCUGUGGGGGCCAUGUGGGCUGCUGAGAUCCCCGUGCUGCUGCAGCGUCUCAAAGGGAAAGAUGAGAGCUUCCCGGAUUCUGCAGAGUGGGAGCACCAUCUGCUAAAG